AAGAUGUGCUGUGACGUUCACAUAGGCCUAUCUCACAGGAAAAGUGGCGAGGAAGUUAAUGUUAUUAUUUAUUUAUUUUUACUCUUUUUUUCCUUCGGAUGGAUAACAAGUUGUAGAGACUAGUACAAUUUAACGCAAGUAUGGCAAGUCCGCCACUUACAGGAGGACCCUCGUUAUCAAACGACAACAACAUUAAAAAAUGUGGAUACCUCAAGAAGCAAAAGCACGGACAUAGGCGAUUUUUUGUUUUAAAAGAUCUGAGUGAUGGGCUCCCUGCGCGACUAGAGUAUUACGAGAAUGAGAAGAAAUGGAAAAACAAGUGCGCUGCGAAAAGAGUCAUAUUCCUUCACUCGUGUUUGAGCAUAAACAAGCGCGCUGACGCCAAACACAGAUAUUUGAUAGCCCUCUAUACCAAGGACGAGUAUUUUGCUGUUGCUGCAGAGAAUGAACAAGAACAGGAUAACUGGCACAGAGACCUAACUGAUUUAGUAAGUAAGGGGAAAGUGUGUGACAGCACCGUUUCCAGCUCGGCAUCAUCUCUGGUGGGUUUCGACGAGGGAAAUUAUGGCACGAUUACACUGGUGAAUGCUGCUUAUAAGGAGGUAUGGCAGGUGACACUUAAAGCAAAAGGACUUGGCCAGAGCAGAAAUAUCACUGGAGUUUACAGACUGUGCUUAUCAAGUCGAACAAUUAGCUUUGUGAAACUUAACUCAGAGCUGGCAUCUGUGACCCUGCAGUUAAUAAAUAUACGCAGAUGCGGGCACUCUCAUAGCUUUUUCUUCAUUGAGGUGGGAAGAUCUGCCUCUACUGGACCUGGAGAGCUGUGGAUGCAAGCAGAUGAUUCUGUGGUUGCACAAAAUAUACAUGAGACAAUUUUAGAAGCUAUGAAAGCAAUGAAAGAGCUGUCUGAGUUCAGGCCACGCAGCAAAAGCCAGUCAUCAAACCCCAUAUCCGUGCCCUCUCGGCGGAAUAUAAACAAUUUACCCCCUAGUCAGACAGGACUGGUAAGGAGGUCAAGGACAGACAGUACUGCAGCCACAUCUCCUGUCACUAAAUUAACUUCCUGUCGGAUACGGACAGCCAGUGAGGGGGAGGGUACCAUGAACGGGACAGUCUCCAUGUCUAUAUCUGAGAAUGGAAGCCCAACAGCUGCAGGCCGGAACCACAUAAGCAGAUCUAACACAGUUUAUGUGGGUCAGUCAUCAUCUGAACCAUCAUUUCUUCAACAUUGCAGAUCCAUGUCUAUGACAAUGCCCCACUCUCCCAAAUCUGUUGUUAGCCCACUAAGUUUGUCCUCCACCAGUAUGAAUGGAUUCAUCUCAUCCGCAGUACACAGACUCUCUAGCUGCAGUGAUUCAAUUUCUGGGUCACCUAAUGAUACUGGCUUCCUCUCAUAUGAUGAGUACAGUUCAAGCCCAGGGGAUGUACGAUACAACCCAACAAAUAGGAGUGACACACCUUCUUCUCUCUGCAGCACACCACCCUCACAAGAAGCCAGUGAACUCCAUGGUUAUAUGGUGAUGGAGUGGCCAUUCACCCUCUCUCAUAACAGGAUGUUGGACAUGGAGAAGACAUACAGAAAGAGGACAUACUCUCUGACAACACCACAGCAACAUGUAGCACACUCCCAGAUAUCUUCAGCAUCACUUGAUGAAUACAUGCUGAUGAGGGCAGCAUACACCAACAGCCACUGUGGACAGAGUACACAUUGUGUAUCUUCUAAAAUCUCAUACCCAAAAGAUUACGGGGGCAUUGAGAUUGGCUCUAACAGUAAUUUGGUUGAUGAUUGCUACAUGCCCAUGACACCAGGAAUGGCACCUCAGUGUGGUAAAAAUGAAUACAACGUACCCAUGAGUCCCAUGAGUGUCUCAGCCCCCAAGCAGAUCAUUAACCCGAGGUCACAUCAUCAGUCCACUGGCAGUGGCUGCACUACCAACUCCCCCAGCAGUGGAUCUCUAGAGGACAACGGGUACAUGAAGAUGUGGUCUGGGUCCAAGUUUUCACUGGAGAGCUCUGAUGGGAGAGCAAUGAAUGGAGAAUACAUGAAUAUGUCACCUGUUGACACACAGCUGUCACCAACACCACCAGAUUAUUUAGUGGGUGAACCAGCACAGCACCUCUCGCCCUCUCUAUGUAUUAGCUUUAACAAACAACAGGCACCUAAAUGGGCAGAGGAUGACCAGUAUGUUUUGAUGAGUCCACAGGGCCAAAAUCCAACAGUGGAGACUAAUGAGGUGUCUAAAAGCCCCAUUGCCCUGCCCCUUCUCCGUCGCACUGAUGGCAUGGCGCACAGAUCAAGAGUAAUCAGACACAAUAGGUUAUCUUUAGACACUUUGAGGAUACUUCCCUGUAUGACUGAACAUCCUCUUCCAGGCGAGUACAUCAACAUAGACUUCUCUGAUGCUAAAGAGUACUGUUCUCCCCCUCUGGUUUCUAUGGAAAACCAAGGCUCACUAUCCAACCUCAGACAGAGAUCCCCUCUCUCAGACUACAUAAACCUCAACCAGAAUUCACACUCUCCUAAACUGAGGGAAGCACUCAGCAGUCCCUUGGAUGGGAUGUCAGAGCUGGCGGCAUGUCCAUGCCAACCUGAUGAAGGGUCUUUAUUCCUCAAUGAACAGAGAAACUCUCCAUGUUUGCUUGGCAUAGGUGAUGACAAUUAUGCUGAGAUGACUUUCAACAAUGCGCAUAUCUCACCUCUGUUCCUGUCUGACAAUGAUGAGAGAGCUUCAGUCAGCCCCACUAUCCAGGUUAAAAGGCUUAACUUGGGUGACCAGGGGGUUUCAACAGGAAUUGGUGCUUUCUUGUUGGCUACCUCCUCUGUAGACCCGGACGGAGGAGCGAAGUUGAUUCGAGCAGACCCUCAGGGCCGGAGACGCCAUAGCUCUGAGACCUUUUCAUCCACCACCACAGUUGCACCUGUAUUUCCUUCUUUUGCACACAAUGUUAAGCGGCACAGCUCUGCCUCCGUAGAGAACGUCUCUGCCCGAAGUAGCAAAGGUUCUGAUGAGGAACAUGGGGCUUCAAUGUGCCGAGAGACUUCAGCUGGCUAUCAGAAUGGACUUAACUACAUUACCUUAAACCUCAUGGGGAAACAAGAGAUGGGAUCUUGUGAAAACCUUGUGGGCUUCAAGACUGGUGGUUGCUGUAAAUCUGGAAUAAAUGGAUUACAUGCGACUCCAUAUGUGUGUCUGGGAUUCAAAGAGACUGCAACCACUGUACAAGAUUGAACAGGAAAUAGAGGUUACUCCUUCUGGUACUGAGGGAAAGUGGAAGCUCGUCCAGUGACUAGGUGGACACCACAACGUCUGGACUAUGCUGCUGUAAAUUUACUGUGACCUUUGCACCUCAUCCUAAAGCUGAUCUUCAGAAGGCUGGGUUUUGAUUAUUCCAGUGUGGCCACUUUAAUGUCUUUCACUUGCUUCUACCAUCUGCUUAUUUCAAGAACUGCAAAGCUGCUCUUUUGGUAACUAGAGUCACGAAUCACAUACAAGAGACUUUUUUUGUUUAUUGUUGUUCACAUCAACACUUGUUUUGGGUUUGUUUGAGAUCAGAUUAAUGGUUGGAUCAUAUCUUCCUAUGAAAAUCUCCAUCUUUAUUUACCUGAUUAUUUACCUCUAUUACCCAAUUGUACAAAUAGAUAUGUAUAUUUGUGGAAUUUAACUGAUUUUAAAUGGUAGUUACUUAAAAUAAACGGCCACAAGUCCACCUUCACAAAAAGACUUGCAUUCAUGUACACACAAUUUAGAAAAGAUAAAGAUUUCUGAAAUGUAUUAUUUUUCCUCCAAAUUUGAAUGUUUUCACAUGAAACUUUAAUCUUUAAUCCACCCAAAACACUUUUUUUUUUAAUUUUCUGGGCCUAAACAAAGAAAAAAUAUCAAAAUAUACUAUUUAUAUUGUAUUCACUUGAUUUUUUAAAGAUAUUUAGUUUAUUAAAUAGUUACAUAUUUUUAUGAAUGAAAGUAUUGAAAAGUAUUAAAAGUAUCUAACUCCAAUAUGGUAAUUGCACAUAAUGUUUAAUAACUUCCCUCACAAGUACAGAUUAUAUUUAUGACCAAAUAUUGUCACUCUGUCAUCUGACAUUUCCCCAAUUUACUUACGUUUUAGCCAUUCCCUGUUUCUCUGCCUCAAGUAAGGAACUCGCAUAAUUGAUUUUAUUCAAUAGUGUUAUAGUAUAUGACAACAACACCUACUUCUUAUUGGCUUACAGUUAACAUGCUUACCAGUAAGUCAGACUGCGGAUAAAUCAUGGGCACUCAGCAAUUUGUAAGUUGCUGACUGUGUCUUUAUCCACUCACAUUGGCUCUGUGUUCAUAAUAUUGACAGUGAUGUCUCGUUCAAAUAGAUUGUAGCAUGACAAAUCUGAAUGUAGUGCACAAAAUACAAUUAUAUGAGAGAGAACGGCAUCGUGGGGCAGAAACAAAUUAACGCCACAGGAGUCAUUUUUUGUCAUUUUCCUGAAUGUUGUGAACUAAAUACAAGGCUGGGAUCUGCCAAGCAUUUCAUCCCAUUUGACAUCCCUCAUCCAAUGCAAUAUAAUAGAGUGUCUUGCAUAUAAAUAAGCAAAUAAACAAAAAUGCAAGACACAAACAAUUGCAUUAGUGAAACUUAAUUCCCUUACCUGCAAAAAUCUAUUUCACAGAUGUAGAUGCGUUGAUGGUAUUGUCAGCCUUUAAAAAGAGUAACACAUGACUCAAUGCCACUUUAUUAAUAAGUAAUUUCUUGAAGAAAUGGUACUCAGCUACUAGAUUCUGUCUUGCUUCUUAGGCAGCAUUCAUUCACCCCUUGGAUAUGCAAUAUUUACAAAUCAAAUUAAUUUACAAAGUGGAACCAAAUGUAUAAGUUAUAUUAAUAUAUUUGUCAAAAGAUUUUACAGAGAUAUUGAAUUUGCGCUGUUUGUACAUUUCUUUUUGCUCUUUUAUUUUUAAAGCUUAUUUUGCAUUAUAAAACAAAAAGUAUUUUUAACAGUGUUCUUGAAGAUCCAGAGUAGAAGUAUAUAAAUAAAUCUAUUGUUUUUACAUAUCAAAGGGUUAAUAUAUUUUAAAUGUUUGCAAAGUUUGAUUGAAAAAGUAUUCAUCCAUUGUACAAAUGUCAUAUAUUAUGAUUUUGAUAGAUAAUUUAAAGCAUUCUAGAUUAAUAUUGCUUUUGUUCGUGUUGACAAAGCGUAGUCACAUGCAAUAAUACAAAAUAAAUACCAUUAUUUAAGGAAAAUACAAUAGCUGUGUUAUUGUUUUAAUAUUCCUUACAUCCUUUAAGUAAUUAUCUACAAAAAUUUGAAUAAACCUGAAAUGAAAAUGACACAAAACCAUAAUUUCCACCUCUUUGCUGACACAGUGUCCCUUAGCUUGAGGGCAAUAAAGGAAGGAACACAGUUCAUUAAUAAACAAGUCGAAAGAUUACUUCCUGUUGAAAGAGCAGGACAGAGUGUUUCCCUGGCCAUGCUAUGAUUCCCAUGUUCUCAUUGAGAGAACAAGAAGCUGCAGGAUCACAAUAUUCCAGUCUGUGCUAAACAGUGAGGUCUAGUCCAGCUCCACGUGCCUCUUUUCCUCUGUUACUGUUAGCAGGAAGCUAAUAGAGUUUGAAAGACAUCCUUCAUGCUUUCACUGUUGGACACACAGCUAGAAAGAAUUAUGCCCAGACAGCAAUUACACGCAUGACGAUACAAACACAAAAAAAAAAAUUCUAACAUAUGGUGCUGUUCAAAAGCAUUGAAAAUUUGGGAUUCAAAAUCGAAUUCAAACCUGGAAGUAAACAAAGUUUAA